AUGGCUGCGCGCGUCACGGAGUUGCUGAACGGCUCCGCGGUAGCACUGGCGCUGGGCGUGGCGUCGCGCACGGGGCUGCUGCGGGCACUGAGUCAGGAGCCAUCGACCGUGGAGAACAUUGCCAAAGUGUCCAAAUUGCAUCCCAGAUAUGUGGAGGAGAUCCUUGCCGUCCUGGUCUGUGGCAAAGUGGCCAUCCUCACGGAGGAGCAGCCGGCAAAGUACAGCCUCUCCGCUGAGACCAGCUCAGCCCUGGAUGGCAUGGGUUUGUACUUCGAGGAGUUGCCCCUACUGACCCGCUGCGCCUUUGACGAGGUGGUCUCAGCCGCCUCCACGGGCGGCGGGGUGCCCCCGGGAUGCUACGGAUCCUUCGGUGCUUGGAUGGGAAAACUGGCUGAUGAAAAACACGAGAAGCAGCUGAUUUCCAAGCUACUCCCCCUACUUGGAGGAGGCUCCAUGGUGUCGAAGCUCGACGCCGGCGGAGCUGAAGUCCUAGACGUGGGCUGUGGCGAAGGAACAGCGGCGUGCUUGAUUGCCGAACGCUUCCCGAAGGUUCAGGUGCAUGGGCUGGACGCCUUUGAACCUUCGAUCCAAGGGGCUCAGCGGCGCGCCAACGAGCGACAGCUGCGAAACGUUCACUUCUUGCGUGGCGAUGCCUCUGCCUUUGCACGGCCGGAGUUGAUGAAUCGCUUCGAUUUGGUCACCAGCUUUGAUGUGAUCCACGACCUCACCAGGCCCGACGCCACGCUGCAAGAGAUCCGGAAGGUCCUGAAGGCAGAUGGUAUCUUCGUGAUGGUGGACAUUCGGGCAGAGACAGGUGUUGCGAAAAACUUGGGGCACCCCAUGGCGCCUUUCCUCUACACCGUCUCUUUGAUGCACUGCAUGCCGCAGGGGAUGAACGAUGGGGGUCCUGGUCUUGGAAUGAUGUGGGGUCGGCAGAAAGCACUUUCUAUGCUGCAAGAAGCAGGCUUUGAAGUCGAGGUAGUGGAAAUGGAGUUUGACACCUUUAACGAUUGCUAUGUGAGAUCUGGCGAAGCACGGCGAAGCAAAGUCUUCGAUCCGGGAAAAGACGCGCCGGUUUUGGAGAUGGCCAUGCCUGGACUGCUUCCAGUGUGUG